CAAUACUUUUUUACAGUUGUUUCCAGUAUUUAGUGGUCCAAAACAGACACACAGAAGAGGUAAGAGUUAGAGCCCCAAGACUAGAAAGGCAGAUCUAGGAACUGGGUCUGCUUAACCAUGGCCUCAAAGCUGUUGUUGAUCGCAAUCGUCAUCGUUAACAUCAUCGCUUUUGGGCUCGCUGUUGCAGCUGAGCAGAGGAGAAGCCAUGCAAAUAUCGUGCAAGAUAAUGAAAAGAACUACAACUAUUGUGUCUAUGACUCAGACAUUGCAACAGGCUACGGUGUUGGAGCAUUUUUGUUCCUCUUGGUAUCUCAGGUCAUCGUAAUGUUGGUAAGCCGAUGCUUUUGUUGCGGAAAGCCAUUGAGCCCUGGAGGAGCAAGAGCCUGGGCAGUCGUCCUUUUCAUAACCUGCUGGAUCUUUUUCUUCAUUGCUGAGGCGUGCUUGCUGGCGGGUUCCGUGAGUAACGCCUACCACACCAAGUACAGGACCAUUUUCGGCGAAGACCCUCCAGAUUGCCAGACAUUGAGAAAGGGAGUUUUUGGGGCAGGGGCAGCUUUCAUUUUCCUGAACACAAUUGUGUCCUCGUUCUACUACACUAACUAUUCCAGAGCCAGGGCAAGCUUUCAGUCGUAUGGAACUGGAGAGGCCGCUGUUGGUCUCGGCACCUUUAAAUGAGAUCACCAUCAUUAUAGAUGCAUGGAUGUGAUUGGUGAUUAUGGUGAACAUCGUUUUGUAAUACAUUUGACUGUGUCUGGACUCUGGACAUCCCAUUGCAUGUUUUGAGUUUCAUAUCUGUGUAGUUGGUGUUAGUCUGUAUUAUAGUUGUAUUGUUUGACAUUUGUGAAUUUUUCUCUGAUUGUUAUAUACAAUAUUAAUAAUAGAAAACCAUUGCUUGUUA